AUGGUCUUCAUUUUUUUUUAUCCUCCUUGUUUCUGUUUCAUCUUUCUUUUCUUCGUUUUUUUCUUUUUCUUCUUUAUCAUCAUCAUUUCUUUCUUUUGUAUACUUUAUAAUCGAUUCCAUUUAACCGUUCAUUUUAUUUUCUUUGUCUCUGUUUUCUUUUUCUUCUUUGUCUAUCUUACUCUUCCUUUUUAUUUUCUUUUUAGCACUUAUUUUAUUCUUCAUCGUUUUUCGUUUUGUCUUCUUCCUUUGCCAUUCUUCUCUUUCAUUUGUCGAUUUUUCUUCGUUUUCUUUCUUUCUUUCUUUCUUUCUUUCCUUCUUUCUUUCGUUGUAUCUCUUUAUUUCUUUUCCUUCUAUUUCUUCUUUUGCUUUAUGUAUUUCUCUAUCUCUGAAUUUCUUCGUUUUCUUCUUUCUUUCUUUCUUUCUUUCUUUUUUUUUUCUUUCUUUCUUAUUUCCUUUUAUUUCGUUUCCCUCUACUUCUUUUUACUUAUUUUUCCUUUCUCUUUCUCCGUUUGCCGUUUUCUUCUUCUUCUUCUUCUUCUUCUUCUUCUUCUUCUUCUUCUUCUUCUUCUUCAUUUGUCUUCUUUCUUUAUUUUAUUUUGUUACUUCAUUUUGUCUUCUUCAUUCAUUACAUUUUUCAUCACUCCUUUUCCUUCUUUCCUCCUUCUUCUGUUGUCAUUCAUUUCUUCUUCUUCUUCUUUUGUUUUUUAUUGCCUCUUUCACUGCUACCUCAUUCAUCUUCUUCUUAAUUGUCAUCUCGGAAUCCGCCAUCUAUCUAUCUAUCUAUCUAUCUAUCUAUCUAUCUAUCUAUCUAUCUAUCUAUCUAUCUAUCUAUCUAUCUAUCUCAGUCUGUUCAUUAUCUAUCUAUCUAUCUCAGUCUGUCCAUUAUCUAUCUAUCUAUCUAUCUAUCUAUCUCAGUCUGUCCAUUAUCUAUCUAUCUCAGUCUGUUCAUUAUCUAUCAAUCUCAGUCUGUCAAUUAUCUAUCUAUCUAUCUAUCUAUCUCAUUCUGUCCAUUAUCUAUCUAUCUAUCUAUCUAUCUAUCUAUCUAUCUAUCUAUCUAUCUAUCUAUCUAUCUAUCUAUCUAUCUAUGUCAAUUCAUUAUCUACAUAUCUAUGUCAAUUCAUUAUCUAUCUAUCUAUCUAUCUAUCUAUCUAUAUAUAUAUGUCAAUUCAUUAUCUAUCUAUCUAUCUAUCUAUCUAUCUCUAUAAUUUAACUAUUAUCUCUCUCUCUCUCUCUAUCUAUCUAUCUAUCUAUCUAUCUAUCUAUUCGCUUCAUUAUCUAUCUAUAAAUCUGAGUUUAAUUAUUAUCUAUCUAACUAUCUCUCUAUCUCUCUAUCUAUCUAUUCCUUAUCUACAUACCCAUGUCAAUUCAUUAUCUACAUAUGCAUCUAUCUAUGUCAAUUCAUUAUCUAUCUAUCUAUCUAUCUAUCUAUCUCAGUCUAUCCAUUAUCUAUCUAUUGCAGGCUGUCCAUUAUCUAUCUAUCUAUCUAUCUAUCUAUCUAUCUAUCUAUCUAUCUAUCUAUAUAAUUUAAUUAUUAUCUAUCUAUCUAUCUAUCUAUCUAUCUAUCUAUCUAUCUAUCUAUCUAUUCCUUAUCUACAUAUCCAAUCACUUAAUUGUAUGUCUGUCUAUCUAUCUAUCUAUCUAUCUAUCUAUCUAUCUAUCUAUCUAUCUCUAAUACUUUUUGGAUCGUUGUAA